GUUAGAAGCUAUUUAAAUGUUGUUUCGUAACAUGGAGCAUGAACUUUCUUGCGGAAUCACAACUAGCACAUACACAUAAAGCGUGUAGUAUUUUUCUCGAAACAUAAGGACCUGUCUUUGAGAAGACUGGGUGCACUUCCGGUCCGCCGCCCUCGUGUCCCCCUUUGAGAACCUUCCCCCUGAAUCCCUCCGCCGUCCCCGAGCAGGAACGAGGGCUGAGGCCGGACCACAGCUGACCCAGCAUGGCCUCGUCUAGCGUCAAAGACUUCCUGGUUACCUACCUAAUGCCAGAAAAAUGCUACGAGAGGAUUUUCGUAAACUUUCACAUGAACGUGCCUUGCCUACAGUUUGUAAUGAACCGAAUUUUGGGGAUUUUGAUCAUUCUGGAAACUUUCCUGGCACAGCUCCCUCAGCUGCUGAAGAUACUGUGGAGGAGAAGUGCCGAGGGCCUGAGCUUGACCUCCAUGCUCCUGCAGCUGUAUGCCUUCUCGUGUCCUGUUGUGUACGCAAUGGCCAACAACUACCCGCUCUUUGCCUGGGCUGAAAGGCUCUUCACCUUGGCUCAGACGGCAGCUAUUGUCUUCCUCAUCCUGCAUUAUCGUGGCCAUACGCUCUCAGGGAUGCUGUUCCUCUUGGCCUACGGGGCUGCCAUGUUCCUUCUGGGCUCCUACGCAGCUGCAGCAGUUGUCUCAGUGAUGCAGGCCUCUAGUUUGGCAGCUUUAAUCGCAAGCAAGGUUCUCCAAGCUGGAACUAACCACCGUCACGGCCACACGGGCCAACUGUCGUCUCUGUCUGUGUUGCUGUCGUGGGCUGGAUCUCUGGGCGUUCUCUUUGUGUCUCUGCAGGAGACCGGUAGCUUGUUCACCCCUUCGUUACAGACACUGUCAGCCGGUGUGAGCUGUGUCCUUCUGGCCCAGGUCCUCUGCUGCAGGGGCAGCGCCGCCACCACUAAAACCAAGAGGGAGUAGAGGUGCUGGACGGUGACAAAUGAGUACUUACACAACACACAAAUCCUUCUGGACAAUCAGAAAUGUUUUGUCAUUUUUGGCACAAUGUCGAAUUAUCAGUGACUCUAAUACGCCACAGACGUAACAGGAAAUGUGUAGAACAAAAGCGCUGUGUACGGUGCUCAGGCCUCCUUUAAAACAGGUUGAGUGUCUGUGUUAAUGGGAACUGGUUUGUUCAUUCCCUAAAUUGUAAAUUAUAUUGCUGUUUUUAUCCUUUUAAAGUGAUCAUUUAAAAAUAUUAAAAUAAUUCCAGUACAAGUCAUUUUUUGCUACUGGGUUUUAACUGCAGAAGAGAUAUAGUCAUGCGGUAGAAACAAGCUUAUUUGCAAGCUUCUGUUUCACCAAUUACCAGAGGUGUGGACUCGAGUCAUGUGACUUGGACUCGAGUCAGACUCGAGUCAUGAAUUUGAUGACUUGAGACUCGACUCGACAAAACGUACAAAGACUUGCAACUCGACUUGGACUUGAACACCGAUGACUCGUGACUUGACUUGGACUCGAGCCUUUUGACUCGAGAAGACUUGCUACUUCCCAUGAAAACUGGGGGAAAACAUUUUCACACCACCGCGCCGCUCUGUUUAUCUGCAUCUGUCAAAAAAAUGUGCGCCACCUGUAUGCAGAGAGCGCUGCCUGCACGACAUCCAAUCACUGCAGUCCAUUUGACCGUAUCAACGAGACAGCUCGUUCAUGGUUACAAAAAUCGGGAUUUUUGAACCCGGAUUCAGACUCCGAUGGAAAUCCUCGCCAACAUUAUGUCAACGUCCGUUUUAAAGUAGUGUAAUGAGCUGAGUUAAAGUUAUUAGUUAAUCAGUUAUGCAGAUGUUGCAUGUGUUCACGUUAUGCUCUGUUACCAGCUGUAGUUACGCGAGACAACCCGAGUUUUGGGGGGCCGUGAAUGCGGAAGUGUUCGUUCGGCGUGGUGACGGCCAACAGUGACCGAAGUUGAGUUGUUUUAUAUAAAUAAAUGCAGCGGAGUUGCAAGCCAGUCAUCGCCUCCUUAUUUACGCUGCAGCAUUGGGGUGAGCGUUACAGUACUACAACACAGUCACAGUCGAUCCACCUUUACCCUUCCCUUCGUAGUCUAGGUCUGUGAGGCAGCGCACCAUCACCCAGGGGUCCCUGUCCCCACUAUAAUAAAAGGACUCGAAUUGACUCGAAACUAAAAUGGUACGACUUGUGACUCGACUUGAGACUUGUUGGCUUUGACUUGUGACUCGACUUGGGACUUGCUUCGUCUUUGACUCGACUUGACUCGGGACUCGAGGGCAAUGACUUGAGACUUGCUUGUGACUUGCCUAACAGUGACUUGUUCCCACCUCUGCCAAUUACUCACUCACGCCAAUGCGGUAAACAAUAAAUCCUGAUGAUGAUAAUGAUGCAUUCAUGUCAGAUUUCCCCUUGUAGCCUCUUGCACGCAAGCAUUUCCCAGGUGGCGUCAGUUGAGUGUCAGGGUUCAAGGAUUAAGGCCUCAGGUGGGACAUUGGGGGUUGGGUGCUUGUCAAUGAUUUCUCUGCUCAGACCUGAGAGAUUGAACGUCACCAACCUUGAAUUCCCAAUGAGGGGAACGCUUCAUGGGCAGAUGCUGUGGUAGCUCUGGUAAAUUGUAUCCAAGAUAGUGAUUAAAACACGUACGUUCGAUAUGUGGAAUAUACUGGAGUCUAUUGAUGUUUUUAGGUAUCCACGCGGCACCAAUUGUGCAUUUAAAAAUAGUUAAAUGUACUUUACGUUACAUGUAUGCCUCUGGACUGGCUUCUGAUGUAGUAAUGCCAGCCGAGGGCAACAAUGUUCAGUGUUACAGAGUUACAGUUACACUCACUGAGGUGACCUGAAUAUCACACCAACCUUGUUUGUGGUGGCAGUUUACUGUUUGUACCAUUCAACCAAACACAGAAAUCCGGAUGUAGUGGCUCACCUGUCAAACCAUCUCGUGUCUGCGUUUUUAAUGUUGCACAUUUAUGGAGUUUCUCACUUGCACACCUUCUGAACUGUACAGUGAUCUCAAUUUAAUGACACUGAUUUAUUGUGUCUGAAAAUUAAGUAAUAAAAUAAUAAUAUGAAAAAUG